AUGAUAGUGACCAUUUACAAAUGCAAGGGUGACCGGCGUGAAUGUGGCAACUACCGGGGUAUCUCACUUCUCUGUAUUGCUGGCAAAGUGUUAGCCAAGAUUGCAUUAUUAAGACAACAAGAAAUCUCGGAGAGAAUACUGCCAGAGCCAACCAUAAAGGCCUUUGAUUUUUUGGGUAGGGACGCCUUAUGGCGUAUUAUGAUGAAAUAUGGAUGUCCACCAAGGUUACUGGCUGUCAUCAAAGCUUUCCACACAGACAUGCGAGCCACAGUAACCGUAAAUGGAGAGACCUCCGACUUCUUCCAAGUGCUUCACGGUGUCAAACAGGGAUGCAUACUGGCUCCCACACUGUUUCUAGCUGCUGUCAUUGAAGAAAUGGCAGACAACUCAUUGGACGGAAUAUACAUCCGUACUCGGUCGGACGGUGGACUGUUCAACAUUUCACGACUAAAAUCUCAACGCCAUGUGCUGGUAAAGUGUAUUCGCGAGCUCCUCUACGCCGAUGACUCUGCGCUGGUGUCACACACACUGGACGGUAUCCAGCGGCUGUUAGAGAAGUUUGCCGAAGCGGUCAGCAAUUAUGUGAGAGAUCGACGCACGGGUGAGGGUGCAGCUGAUUUUGGACGCCUCAAGGACCGACUGUGGAAGGUGAAAUCGAUGCGACUGAAUACGAAACUAAAUGUAUACAAAGCUGUAGUGCUAAGCGCUCUCCUGUAUGGACUAGAGGUGUCAACCCUAUAUGCCCGACAUGAUCCACGGCUGUCUGUUUUGGUCCAACGCUAUCUCCGUGGACUUAUGGGUAUCACCUGGAAAGACCAUAUCACCAAUGUUGAAACCCUGAGACGGGCGAACAUCUCGUCAAUAGAAGCCAUGAUUGCUCGCUCUCAACUCAGAUGGACUGGACACGUCAUCAGAAUGUCCGAAGAACGACUACCGCGAGCUCUGCUCUUUGCUGAACUGAAAGAGGGGACAAGGCCCCGUGGCAGACCGCGACUACGUUUUAAAGAUACUGUAAAACGUCGUCUGACCUUAGCCGGCAUCAGCUAUCAGCAGCUGGAGAAGCCGGCGAGCGACCGGGCCGGAUGGCGCUCAGUAGUGGUGAGGGAACCAAAGCGUCCACAGAACUGGUAA